AUGACCAACCAAGUUAUAGAUGAUAUACACACACUAAGAGUGCUAAACAAGAGCGAAAUACCCAUGGGAAAGGGAAGCAGACAGUGCAGAUCAUGUAUGGGAAGAAGAGGACUUAUUAGACAGUACGAGCUAAUGAUGUGCAGAAGAUGUUUCCGAGAGUACGCAACCGACAUUGGUUUCGAAAAGCUUAACUAA